UAACUUUCCUUGGUUCCGAGCAGUUGACACGCAAGAGGCAUGUUCACAAGCCACAAUUUCUCCCCUGGUCUUCCGUACAGAAUCCUUCGCUGUAAUCCGUACACCCAGCCGGGUCUGGUGUUCUCAACACAUUGCUUCAAGGAUGGCGUCUUUUGUUUGACGAGCUGCUGUGUGCGCCCUUGAGAUCGCUGUAGUGUAGUUCAUUUUUUUCCGAAUCCCGCCUUUCGCCAGUCGACACACCCGAAUCCCGAGCUGGCGUCUCACGCACCUGGCCUCCCCGUACCGCCAACCCAAUGUCGGAUCUUUACUUCCCGCGGCUGCGCAGCUGGUUUCUCAGCUCCCCGCCCGCCGAAUGGGCCCUUGAGUGCCUCCGCUCGACCGUAAUCGGCGCCCUGUCCCAGGGGCCGAUCCCGCGCCAUGUAGCCUUCGAGAUGGACGGCAACCGGCGGUACGCCCGGAGCCACAAGAUAGAGACGAUCGAGGGCCAUUCUUUGGGCUUUGAAGCUCUUGCUCGGGUCCUCGAGGUCUGCUACAAGUGCGGCGUCGAAGUCGUCACGGUCUACGCUUUCAGCAUCGAGAACUUCCACCGCCCCAAGUACGAGGUCGAUGGGCUUAUGCAGCUUGCGAAACUCAAACUCGAGCAGCUUUCACAGCACGGAGAGCUGCUCGAGCGAUAUGGCGCGAGUGUGAGGGUGCUGGGCCGCCUGGAUCUCAUCCCGCCAGACGUGCUCGAGGUUGUGGAGAAAGCGACUGCCGCCACGCAGCACAACACAAAAUGCGUCCUCAAUAUUUGCUUCCCCUACACCUCGAGAGAAGAGAUGACCACGGCGAUCAGACGCACCGUGGAGGAAUACUCGACCACCCCCCGCCCCCACAGCACGCCCUUUUCGCAGAGCAGAAUCACGCAGAAGAUCCUCUCUAAGCAGGCGGGCAAGGCUGAGAUGCUCGAUCCCAUCAGCGAAUCCCCUUCGCCCACGCCCUCUUCGAUUGCGUCGGACGAUCAGGACGACGCCGCCUCGACGGCGACGACGCUACGCUCCGAAUCGACGGCCGCUAAGAGCGGCGGCGCGGAGACGGUAGCCAUCUACCCCAACGCAGAGACCAUCACGCCCGAGACGAUCGAGAAGCACUUGUAUACGGCGGGUUGCCCCCCACUCGACAUCUUCAUCAGGACCAGCGGCGUGGAGCGGCUGAGCGACUUCAUGCUGUGGCAGUGCCAUCGCGACACCCACAUCUUCUUCCUCAAGUGCUUCUGGCCCGAGUUCGACCUCUGGCACUUCCUGCCCGUGCUGGUGGAAUGGCAAUGGAGGCAGAAGCAGAAGGCGAGAGACGAGCGCCCGCGCAGGCGGCUGAAGCAUGCAUGAUUGGC